UUGAGGGGAAGGGCUCUAAACAAAGACUAAACUCCUUCUUUAAAAAUACCAAACUUGCUAAUUGUAUGUGCUUUUGCCGUGUACUCGCAAAUUUCGCGUUUCCCGAACUUCCCUGCCAUUUCUAUUGACAAAAUCAGCUGUUUGCGAAGCCAGCAGCUGAGUGAGUGACGUUUUAUUUAUGUUUUUAUUUGUGCACCAAAAUGGCAGACUUGAAAUCUCUGGAGCAUCCCACGUUGAAGGUGCCGUACGAGAUCCUCAACAAGAAGUUCCGGACUGCGCAAAAAUCGCUCGACAGGGAGGCCUCCCACGUGCAGCAGGCGGCCCGCGAGCUCGAGAGCACCAUCUCUGGGGGUAAUGUGAGGGCGCGCGACAUCACCUCGCUGCUUGGAGGCAUGGUGGAGAAGCUGCAGGUGCUGAAGCGCAAAGCCGAGGAGAGCAUCUCCGAGGAGCUGGCCGCCUCGAAUGUGUGCAAGCGGCGGCUGGAGCACCUGAAGGAGCGCGAGACGCUCACGUCGGCCGGGACGGUCUCGCAGGGGGCCGUCAACCAGUGGAAGAGGAAGCGGCUGGAUAGGAUGAUGGUGGAGUACUUCCUCAGGAAUGGGUAUUACAACGCUGCGAUUACUCUGGCGGAGAAGAGCGAUAUCAAGGACUUGACCAAUAUUGAGAUUUUUUUGACGUCGCGCGAGAUCGAGAAGAGUCUCGCGAAUCAUGAGACGUCCAAGUGCUUGAUUUGGUGCCAUGACAAUAAGUCCAAACUUCGUAAGCUUAAGUCAAAUAUGGAGUUUAAUUUGAGGAUCCAGGAGUUUGUUGAACUGAUCAGGUCUGAGCGCAGAAUGGACGCUAUUAAGCACGCGAGAAAGCAUUUUCCGAGCUUCGAAGACGAGCAUUUAGAUACGAUUCAGAGGGUUAUGGCGCUUUUGGCGUUUCCGAUAGGUACAGAAAUAAAACCCUACAAGGCCCUCUUUGACGAGACCAGAUGGGACACCCUCAUCGAGCAAUUUAGACAAGAAAACUACCGACUGUUCCAAUUAGCUUCACAAUCAGUGUUUACAGUGGCUCUUCAAGCUGGACUUUCAGCGCUUAAAACACCUCAGUGUUAUUCUGAUAACGGGGAAAACAGGAAUCCCGCCUGUCCAGUUUGCCAACCUUGCCUCAACCAAUUAGCAGAGUCUUUGCCUUUCGCCCAUUGCUCACAGUCACGUCUUUAUUGCCAUAUUAGCGGAUUACCACUAAACGAAAACAAUUUACCCAUGAUGUUGCCCAAUGGAUAUAUUUACGGAGAACAAGCGCUAGAACAAAUGGCGAAGGAGAAUAACGGGCAAAUAAUAUGUCCCAAAACGAAAGAGAUAUUCCCGUUUAAGAAAGUCGAAAAAGUUUACGUUAUGUAAAUGUGAUAUUUUCUUUUUUAUAGUAUUGUUUAUACCUCUCUAAGUUGAGUUAAGUUAAGUACUCAUAGGGUAACAGUUUUUUGUGAAAUAUACUUUAUGCUUAUCGAAAUAAAAAAUGGUUUAAUUCCU